AAAUGAGCAUGUAUAUAAGCCAAGUAGGCUUUGAAGAUAAUAGACAGUCGAGCACCGUUGACACCAUUAUUGUCAUCCAAACAGUCGAAAUGGCAUUCAAGCUUGCAUUACUGGCCAGCAUCCUAGCUGCCACCAACGCCGCAGUCCUACCGGCCCCGGCAGCCCUAGUUGCCUCCCCUGUCCUGGCCAGAAUCGCCGAUGACACCUUCGACCCCAACCCCUCCUACUCCUUCGCCUACGACGUCCAAGACGCUCUCACCGGAGACUCCAAGGGCCAGAUCGAGAACAGGGCCAACGGGAUCGUGACAGGGCAGUACAACGUGGCCGAACCCGACGGCACCCGAAGGAUUGUCGACUACACAGCCGACCCGAUCAACGGCUUCAACGCCGUGGUCAGGAGAGCUCCGUUGGGCGUGGCCAGAGCAGUAGCACCUGUUGCUGCGCCCGUAGUUGCUGCGCCAGGCGCUGCGGUCGUAGCUGCCAGAGCACCGCUAGUUGCUGCGCCAGGGCUGGCAAGAAUUGGUUCGCCCUAUGUCGCUGCUAACGGGCAGUUGAGCUAUGCUUUUGUGUAAAUGAUUCGUUAUUGUGAUUUUUGGUGAUACGUUA